CAUACUAACAAAUGUUGAAUUAGCUAUAGCGUGUUGAAACACACACUACUGAGAACACGUGCCAGUCACAGGUGUUUACAGGCGAUGGUAGCAGCGUGAGUAGAGUUUGUGUUGACUGACUGAGACCAACUGGGACCAGUGAAGUGUACCAGUGAAGUGUACCGUCGUCAUGGCGGAUGCCGAUGAGCUGUGUGAAACAAUCAUGAGGGAGCUAAACGACGUGGUCCUUUCUGAAAGUGGCGAUGUGGAAGAAGAGCUGGAGGAACUCACCUCUCUACAGGACGCGGUCUCCGAUGAUAUUCCACCCUCUCUGUUCAGUUACUUUGAAACUUCAAAAAGCAGAGCAGCGAGAAGUGAGAAGUUCAUUCUUGAGGAACUUGAAGUCCUCGCUGCAUCACGUCACACUGAGGACAUGGAUAAUUUGCCUGAUGAACUCGAUAAGGACAUGAUGAAGAAGCAGGUUACUUUUGACACAGAAAAUGAAGGCAUCUCCUCUACUGAGACAGAAGCACCUUUUUCUCACAAUCGGUCAGUGUGUCCUGACAGUGAAGAUGAGGCUGAAACAGAUGAAUAUGUGGGGCCUGGACUGGGGACCACUAAGCGCUCCGAGGAAGAGGAACAGAUACAAAAUAGCACCGAAUCCCAUAGAGAACAGAGAGAGAAAAGACACUGUGAGGAGAUGAAGACGGACAAGAAGAGGAGACAGAGACACAGAGACUUCCAGGAGGAGCUGAAGAAGAUCAUUGAGGCAGAGAUGUUUCAUCAGAGGGAACUGGAGUUGAUGAAGAAGAGAGCUCAGGAAAAACUGGAAGAGGAGUUUCUUCUUAAGCAGGAGCUGAUCUGCAACUUACAAAAACAAGUCAAGGAGCAGAAGAAGAUGAGAGAGGAGGAGCAGAAGAGGUUCAAGGAAGAGGGUGAGAAGAAAAGGACAGAGGAAGAAGAAAAGAGGAGAAGAGAGGAUGAGGACAGGAGGAAAAAGGAAGAAGAGAUAAUUAAGAGGGAGCGCAAAAGGAUGGAGGAACAGAUGAAGAGAAAGAAAGAGGAAAAGAGAAAAAUGGAAGAAAUGAAACUUAAAGAAGAGAUCAGAAGAAAGAGAGAAGAGGAGCAGAGGAAAACGGAAGAAGAGGACAAGAGAUUUCAAGAGGAGGAAAAGGGGAAAAAAGAAGCGGAGCAAAAGAUGAUAGAGGAAGACAUAAGAAAGAAGGAGGAAGAGAGAAAAAUAAACGAAACAAGACUUAAGGAAGAGGAGAAGAUGAGACGGAUAGAAGAAGAGGAGAGACAAAGGAAGGAAAAUGAAGAAAAAAUAAAGGAGCGGGAUAAGAGUAGGAAAAAGGAGGAGGAGGAAACAAGGGCAAUGGAUAAAAUGAUGGCAAAGAAGAUGGAGGAAGACAAAAGGAAAAAAGAACUUGAGUUUAGGGGAAAGACUGAGGCGAUGAGGAAAAAGGUGGAAGAGAGAAAAAUUGAGGAGAAAAGAAAGAAUAUGGAGGAAGAGAAGAUGAUGGCUAAGCAGAUUAAUAAGAAGGAAGGGGAAGAUAAUGAUAUUGAAGAAAUGCUAGAUGGAGAAAGGAGAAAGAAAGAAGAGGAGAUGAAGCAUAAUAUGGAAUUUAGUGAAAAAAAGAAGAAAGAAGGGAAAACAACUGAAGAGGACAAGAGGCCAUGGCAGGAGCAAGACAUGAGGAAACAGAAAGAAGAAGAAGAAGAAGAGCACAAUAACAUGGAAAAAGAAAUAAGAUUCAAGAAAGAGAUGGAACAGAAUAGAGACAAAAGAAAGAUGGAACCUGAGAAAAAAACAGAGGAUGAUGUGAGAAGAAAUAAAGAAGCAGACAAAUGGGGGAUUAAGGAAGAUGUGAGAAAAGACAAAGAAAGAAAAAUAAAAAAGGAAGAAACAGAACUCAAAGGAGAUGAGGAAAUGAACAACAUUGGAGUGCAGGACACCGAACAGGAAGAGAGGCUGAAGCUGCAGGAGAAGAAAAGAGAUAAGGAUGGACUGAAAGGUCAAAACAAGACAAAGAAUAUCAGUCUGACCUCCUCAUGCACCGUCUCUUUACAAAGCCAGUGCACAGUCAGUGCCUCCAGCUCUGAACAUGUACAACAACUUGACCCAAACAAGAAUAUUCUCUAUACCUCCACAUCUCAAACUAUGAAACAACAAGUUGCAUAUGUAUCGCCUCGCACCUCUUCCGGCCCUUUACCCGUGUGUCUUCCGGAGCAAACAGAGCAGAAGAGACUGUCAUGGAUGAGGGACUGCAUCUCGUGGUCCAGACUGUCUCUGCAGAACAAGAGCAAGCAAAAACUGCCUGUCCGAGGUCGCAGGGGACUGCGCAGGGCCUCCGAGGCCUGUAGUCUGCCACCUGUCUGUCCUCAAACUCUGCUUCAGUCCCCAGGCUGCAGAUCCCUGCAAGAGGUUACCACGGUGACCCUGGAGGAAUUGCCUGGCUGCAGCUUUGUCACUCUCGCUCAGUGUCCUCAACUUCAAUCCCUCACCCUCAGACGCUGUGGCCUCAAAUCCCUGGAAGGCAUCAACCAGUUACCACAGCUCUGCUACAUCGAUGUACAGGGGAAUGACAUCUCAUUUGUGGAUUGUGAAAACAUGGCGAGUUUACAAGUUCUUCGACUCGGACACAACAAGCUAACAUCCAUCCAUGGUUUGAGUGGAGCUGAAAACCUGAAAGUUCUGGACCUCUCCCACAACUCCAUCACCCGCAUUGCUGGUCUGGAGUCUAUAAGGAGACUGCAGAGUUUGUCACUGGAUCACAACCAGCUGAUCAGCACCAAAGGACUGAGGGACACGUACACCCUCCUUCACCUGGACUGCUCCCACAAUCACCUGGCUGGUGUGGAGGGUGUGGAGAACUGCGCUCUGCUGCAGACCCUGGACCUAAGAUCCAACAGCCUCACUGAGCCCCCCAGUCUGAACAACCACAUCCUCCUCAGAGAGCUGCAUCUAAAUGACAACAGCAUCUCAUCGCUGCAAGGCCUUGCUGUCUGCUGGCUUCCCCUCAUGCAGCACCUCUCAGCAGCUGAAAACAGAAUUACCCUCCUGCCCUCCAUGUCUGAUUUUGUGUCCCUUACAAAUUUGGAUCUUCGCUUCAACUGCAUGUCAGAACUUCCGAAUGUGUGUGAAGGUGUGGAAGGAUGUGUCUUCCUGCAAGAGGUCCACCUCAGCGGGAAUCCUCUUCAGCAAGAGAUUGGCUGGAGAUCCACUCUGCAGAAAGCCGUGGCUGGCCUGAGAGCCAUUGAUGGUGAGGAGACAGAUUCCUUUCUGUCAGCCCCUGCUGUUCAACAGCUCAGCCUGGCCUCAGGCAGCUUCCUAACGCUUUGUCAGGCUCAGCUUAAGCAGAUUCGUGAUUUACAGCAGCAGCACAGCAGGGAGCUCAGUAAUGCCUCAACUCCCCUGGAUGCUGUAAAAAGAUCCUGUCGACACUUUUCUGAGACUCUGAAACUUGCCGUGGACCAGAGGUCGGCUCACGAAUACGGCGACACCGUUGUGUCUUCAGUCCAAACAAUGCUGGAGGAAACACUGGACAUGGACAGUGCUGCUCCUAAAAAGCUUGCUGUGCACUCAGAAAUUGGGUCCACUGAAAAAGCUCCACCAGUCAUUCCAAACAGGAACAACACCAACUGGACAUUAGAGGAGAAGUUCUCCUGCAGUCAUCUAGGCCUUCACUCCUCGGCAACGAUGGAAACAUCCACUUCCUCUCAACUUACAGCGGCUCCUGUGUCCAACCAUCAAGGCCUGGACUCCAAAAACACAGCAGCAGUCGUGAUUCAGCAGCGGUGGAGGAAGUACAGAGAGAAAUGUGGGAACAUCAGCAGCCCCCCCACAGCUGAGAAGGGAGGUGAAAGAGGAGGAGAUGGAGGAACGCCAGAGUCAGGACCUUCUGAUGUUGACAGAAGCGCUGUUGGCCAAGAUUAUGCAGCAACUAUCAUCCAGGCGUUCUGGAGGGGCUUCGCUCUGAGGAGGAGGCUUGAAACUGCUCUGGCUGCUGUCACAUGGCCCGACAGCGGAGAGGACGAAGCCUUUGAGGAGGUAGACGUGGAUGGAUUUGUCUUUGAUGAGGCAGCACUGGAGACGCACUGGACAUUGCCACUUUCUGAAGAAUCAUCUUCCAGAUAUCAUCAUGGUUCCGAGCAGCCACUUUCUCUGAAGCCUCCUGGGCCCUUUCCUGAACCCUCACAGUACACACUCCCACCAGCACCUUCAUGGAGGCCGAAGCAAGCCUGGGUGGCAGGAGAACAAGUGGACUCCACAGGGAUGAAGGUUUCACCAGAGAGUUCUAUCAGAAGCAAAUCUCCUGCUUCGACUGCAGCGCUCAGUGGUCUCUCUGCAAGAUCAGAAAAGAUUGUGCAAGAAUGGGGGUUCCAAGACAGCAACACAGCUCUUCUGAUGCUCAAGAGAGCUCAGAAGAUGGGGUCCAAGAAGCAACAUCAGAAUAAAUAUAGAGAUCCCUCCGUCUGCCUUGCAUUGUUCAGAAACUGCAAAUACCAGCAGGCUCCAGUGGAGGCACGAAACAGGCCUGCCCCACACAACAGAAAUCAUGUGAAAGUGUGCAGAGCAAAGCUGGAGCUUCAGCAGACGGAGGAGACGGAGCAAGUGAAGCAGGAACGAGCUCAGCAGUGGCUGCACACCCAGUCUAACAGGGACACAGAGAGUGAACAUUUCCUACCAGAGAUCAGCUCAGUCGUUCUGAGUGGAGGCAGAGUGCAGCUGGUGGCUGACCUAGCACGCGCUGAACGUCUACAUCACGCCAGUGGAGUGUGGGCCAGCAGCAGUUUACUUGCCCAACCCUGCAAAGAGAGAAAUUAUCCUUGCAGCAACUCUUUGGGUCAUGCAAGAAAAGAGGUUCCAUCUCCACAGCGCGUCCAGUCUGCUCCAUCAAGAAAGGAACGCAUCUCCUUCCGAGACAAUCCAGUGCAGCUGAGCGGCGGCUGGGGAGGAGGGAAGAAAAGGGACAGAGUGUACAAGUAGAACACCAACUCCACGACAACGACAUCUAUUUGUGUUCCUGCCCCGACACAGCACCAUUUAAAGUAGAUUUAACUAUAACUCCUAUACAGCAAGGAUGUGCAUAUAUGUAGAUGUGCAUCUUGUACAUCUUGCAGCAUUUUCAAAAGCAAAAUCUAUGUGCAUCAGAAUUGCUCAGGGCCGUGCUGCCUUUGAUACAAAUUUGAUGUCUU